AUGAAAUCUUGGCAUCAAUGCUUAUCGAUACUAGUCGUAUUCAUCUUCUAUGUUCUAUCUGCUGAGGCUCAUCCGUUAUCAUAUGCACAAGAACAGCGCAGUUUUCUUCUUUGCCAUUUGUCUCCUGUUUCAUGCAAACGUAGUCUGUCGAAUACAGAAGAAAUUGAAAAUUUAUUGACGAUGAAUAUUGAAGAUGCCCUUUCAAUAUGUACUGCUCUAAACAAACCUUUAUGGAAUUGUUUUAACAAUCACUAUACCCUUAAAUAA